CUGGUAGUUCUUCUCACUUCUCAGCUUCUCGGAGUUUUGGCUGCCAUCUGCAGUUCAGCUCAUCGGCUCAACAACCCCAGCGGCCUAGUAGGUUUUCAUUUGCCAAUCCUGUAACCCUAAAAGCUGCCUUGAAAACCUAUUUGGAAGAACGAUUUAGAAACAUACAAUAAAACUUCUAAUGGAAAGCAGCAAUGGAAGUACAACUGGAGGUAGAGAGUGGAUGGCUGAGGAUGCCAUUGCUGGAAAUGCAGAGGCGGUCCGUGCUCUUCGGGAACUCAUUAUGUAUCCACUCCUGUAUUCUCAAGAGUCUCAAAAGCUUGGCCUCAAAUGGCCUCGUGGCUUGUUGCUCUAUGGUCCACCUGGUACUGGAAAGACAAGUUUGGUUAGAGCAGUUGUUCAAGAAUGUGGAGCACAUUUGACUGUUAUUAGCCCACACAGUGUCCAUAGAGCACAUACUGGAGAAAGCGAGAGAGUUUUGCGGGAAGCAUUUGCAAAAGCAUCGUCUCAUGCAAACCUUGGGAAGCCAUCUGUUAUCUUCAUAGACGAAAUUGAUGUACUAUGCCCUCGUCGUGAUUCUAGAAGAGAACAAGAUGUACGUGUAGCUUCUCAGCUCUUUAUGUUGAUGGACUCUAAUAAGUCCGUUUCAACAUCUGGAUUACAUGUUGUUGUAGUGGCAUCAACUAAUAGGGUUGACACACUCGACCCGGCUCUAAGAAGAUCUGGGCGUUUUGAUGCUGAGAUUGAAGUCACAACCCCUAAUGAAGAUGAACGCUUUCAUAUCCUCAAUGUAUGGUGCUCAUCAUGGAGUAUUUAUUAUUAUUUGACGAAAUUCACAAGAAUAAUCCCUACUUUUAUGGAUUCUACAAUAAUAAUCCGGACCAAGGUAGUCAAAGUCGUGAGGCGCACUCAAGGC